AUGGUUGAGAUUGCUUUUAGGCAACCGGGCAUCGAUAUUUUCUCAACAUGGAUUUCAUGGGGCAUCAAUCCCACUUCAAUUGGUAUGAUUGAUGCUCAAGCUUUUGUUGCAUACACAAGAAAUGAUGGGAACCUAAUAGCCUAUACAUCUCCUAUAAGCAGUUAUAGAACCUCUCUUAAAGAAGGGGCUCUAAGUUUUCCUGUCUAUGAUGUCUCAGCCAUGUAUGAAAAUAACUCAAUCACCAUCUUUGCCACCUUACAGCUUCCUAGAGAAACCAUCAUGGUGGAUCAUGUGUGGCAAAAAGGUUCAAUGUAUGGGAAUAAUGUUCCUAAAAUUCAUAGUUUACAUAGACACGAGCUUCGCUCCUAUGGUACUUUGAAUUUUCUAUCAGGAAAUGUUAAACAAGGAAGAGGAGGAAAAUUUAUAGUAUUGAAGAGCUUUCAUGGAAUCAUGUGUAGCAUUAGCUGGGGUAUUAUGCUGCCUGUAGGAGUUCUUAUAGCAAGGUAUUUGAAGGUGUUCAAAACAACAGACCCGAUAUGGUUUAAGCUUCAUGUUGCAUGUCAAUCUUCCGGGUACAUUAUUGGUCUUAUUGGCUGGGCAACUGGACUCAACCUUGGUGCACAAUUAUCUGGAUUGAGGUAUAAAACUCAUGGAUGUAUUGGCAUUACUCUUUUUUGUCUCGCAACAAUUCAGGUGAUCGUUGGCCAUUCUAUUAGGCCGAAGGAGCGCAAGUACAGGAUUAUAUGGAGUAUAUUCCAUUUCUUCGUUGGUUAUGGAACAAUUACUUUGGGUAUCGUUAAUGUCUUUAUAGGGAUUCAUAUUUUGGAGCCAGGACAGAGGUGGAAAGCAACCUAUAUUGGCAUACUUGUAUUAUUGGGUUGUGUUACUGUGCUCCUGGAAACUCUUUGUACUUUUUAUUUGUAUUAUCAUGAAAAAAAUGAUAGCUAUACAAUGGAUGGAGCUACCCCAUUUAAACCUUAUUGA